CUGCGGUCCUCAGUGAGUUGUGGCGUGUGUAUGCCAACAAUUUUCUGGUAACUGUUGGUAAAAUAAACACCUAUUUGGUCUGGACUGUACUGCUGCCUCAAGUCUCCUGUUGUAAAUAUCCAACCGCUACACGGCCAUUCUGACAAGUGGUGUCAAGAAGCUGGGGCCUACACCGCAGUGAGGAGUUGAGAAUGAUUAGAGGUGCAAAGAAAAUUGAUCAGCAGGAAGAUGCAGAUGUCGGUGCAAGUGCAUCCCCCUGACCAGGGGGCCAUGGCAGCUGGCAACCACUGGGGAAAAGCUAGAUGAGUUGGCCGGUCUGGUCAAAAAUAUUCUCCGUUCUCAAACAACGAGAGACCACCAUUUGGACCAAGAUUUCUCGUGUCAAGAACAAAGGUAGUGCUAGUGUUUUUGCCUGUGUUUAUCAUAAAUAAUCUUGAGUGUGGCACAGACACUGAAGACUCUUCCAAGCUUACUGGAGGCGCAUUUCCUAAUCAGGGGAGAGCGGUGAGAUGGGAGCUACUAAUAUAUGUUCUGUGGUGGAGAGCAGGAGAAAUUCAGAUGUAGAAGGGACCUGAGGUGGUGCAGGGGUAGACGGCAGUCUAGAACUGAUGAGAAAUCCUUUGGGUGUGCAGUGGGACUUGCGUGGGCGGCGCAGCUGGACCGAUGACAGGACCUGAGGGGGUGCGGUCGAGACCUUUGGUCGAGACCUGCGGAGACGCCCUUUGGGUGUGCAGGAACGACGCACAGUGAGAUGUGCGAAGGACAGCAGAGCUGAACCCAGGAUAAAGGGGCAGGCUGUCAGACCUCGAGGAGUACGCCUGGCCACUGGCACUGCACGGACGCACCGACCGGAUGUCACCGGCCCCCUUCCCCGCAUGACAAGUUUCAGGUGAAUGAAAUGAGAGAGUACAGACAAGUGGGUAGAGCUGCAGGAGAAGGAGCAAACGGAGGGAGGACAUGAUGAAAAAAUGACCCAGAUGAGGGGACAAGUCAUGCAAACAAUGUUAGAUUUCAGAAUAAACCUCCAAUCUGCAGAGAACCAAAGCUGCUCCUACUGUCCCCCAGAUGAUGACAUUGGGAAAAAAAAUGUUGACCACCUUUUGAAAGAAUGGCUCAAGUCUGUCAAUGGCCAAAAGCUGAAUAGGCUGUUUGCCUGGUCCCUUUGCUGAUGGGUAAUGCAUGUAGUGUAUAUGUGCUCAUGGACAUUGCAGACUCUGAAGAUUAUGAAAAAGUAAAAGAAGCAAUUUUGGCAAAGUAUGAAAUGACUGCAGAUACGUACCGUUGAAGAUUUCGAUAUAUGAAAAUGUUUCAAGGAGGAACCCCACGUGACCUGUAUGUUGGUCUAUAAGACCUGUUUUCCAAGUGGGUAAAACCAGAAGAGUCCACAGUGAAGGAGAUAUCUGAAAUGUUGAUCCUUGAACUGUUCCUGAGGAUGGUGCACCCUGAUCUCGAGGAUUGGAUUCAGGAGCAUGACCCUUCUACUGCAGAGAACGCAGCUCAGCCGGCUGAAGUCUUCACAGCAGCCAGAAGAGAGACCAGACACACCACCUUUGGCCGAGACAACAACUAUGCCCAAAGCACAGGAAAUAAGGGUGCAGGCUGGCCAGGUUGCCUCCUGUAAAGGCCUAUAUAAAGGUGAGGCUCUCAGAUGGAGGCAGUGUGUGAGCAGCAGGUCCAUGGAGGUGAUGAUGAUGAGGAGGAGGAGGAGGAGGCAGGAGCAGAUGAGGCCAUGCUGUGGUCCUUCCAGGAGGCUCUGGAGAGACAGACCCUGCAGAUAGGAGCAUCCGCCUGCGGGGCCACAGCUGUUGUGGACGUGCUGAAGGCCCUCGGCGUGGCUGUGGCCCCUGAGGAAGCAGACCGCUGCGUCCAAACGCGGCUGAGGAGGAACGAGUCACCGCUGCCGGACUACCUGCUGUCCCGGAGUGAAGCCGGUGCGACUCACGCUCAGCUCAUCCGAGGAGCAGAGGAGGCCAGUAAGGGGAAGGUAAUGGGUCGCUUCUUCCACCUUCACCCUCGGCGGCUGGUCAGACUCAUCCCCUGGCUUGCACGCUGGAUCCAAAACGGCGCUGUUCCCGUGGCGACCAUGAACAUGCAGCUGGCUGUACCCGAGGGAGAGGAGGUGCCCGACGCCUGGCACCAUCAGCUCAUAUUUGGCGUUGCACCUAAUGCUGUGUUCAUGACCAAUCCUUUAGAUGUAGUAAGUGAGGGAGAAGUGCACCAGAGACUCUGCAGUGAAUCGGUGUUGCUGAUUCGUCGAGAAGACGUCCUGCAGAGACUGACGCCAGAUUGCUGUCUGUCCAGCUUAUCAGACAGCCAGUCUGACCCACGCUGGAAAGCCCUGGAUGUCGAGGGUCAAGUAAGGCAGAUGGCCCUUGACGAGCAACAGGAACAAGAUCCACCCAAGUUAACGCACAUCAAGAUCCCCGCAGCGUACAGUUCAGGCAUCACACUGUUUGUUGUACGACAGACCGAGUUAGGACAAGAACUCCUCAAUGCUCCCGAACUCCCUUUGUUGUAACCGGACUGCCACUCAUGGACUUAAAGCUUGAAGACCUAUACAUUGGGACGUGAAAUAUUUAAAUUGAUAAAAUAACGCUAUUGAUCCUACUGAGUAGGAUCAGCAGAUAUCCACCCUGCCGACGACCGACAAACAAAAAUCAAUAUUUAUUACUCAUUGUUAUACAACCUCUGUUCUCUAACCUAAGCUGCACAAGCAUCCUUUUGCAGCAAGUUUCCACAUGUCAUCAAACUGCUGAAAAUAUCUUAAUUUCUAUCACUGAUACCUUUUUUACAAUGCAUUUUCAACAGUUUCAUGUCAGUUCAUUACUUGAAUAAAGUAGGUUUGAAAUAAUGA